GGUCCAGCCCCGGCACCGGGGCCCGACCGGACCGGGGGUGCUCCGGCUGGACGGGGGAUGCUCAGCCCAGGGUCCCGUCGCCAUGGGGACAGGCUGGAGAGACCUGUGGAAGAUGUCGAGCCCGAGAAACGGCGACACUAAGCCCCCAUGUUUGCCCCGCAAUGGACUGGUGAAGAUCCCCACGCAACCCAACGGCCUCGGCUCCGCCAGCAUCACCAAAGGCACCCCCGCCAUGAAAAACCGCCUGUGCCAGCCUUCCUCCGUGCCUGCCAUCCUCAGCCCGGCCUUAGCCCACCGCAGUGACCUGCCCAUCCCCAGCCUGGCCUCCCCACUCUCCUUGGCUGCCCUGGCCAGCGUGUCCUCCCCUCCCGGCGCUUCCUUGGUGGGACUGAACGCGAGCGAGGGCUCGGAGCAACCCUCUCCGGAGCGGCUGCCGGGCUCGCCCUCGGAGAGGCAGCUGGCGGUGGACGAGAAGAUCCUCAACCGCUUGUUCUGGUACUUUUCGGCGUGUGAGAAGUGCGUGCUGGCGCAGGUGUGCAAGGCGUGGCGGCGGGUGCUUUACCAGCCCAAGUUCUGGGUGGGCUUGACACCCGUCCUGCACACCAAAGAGCUCUACAACAUCCUGCCUGGUGGGGAGAAGGAGUUUGUCAGCCUACAGGGCUUCGCCGUCCGCGGCUUUGACGGCUUCUGCCUCGUGGGCGUCUCUGACCUGGACAUUUGUGAGUUCAUUGACAACUACCCCCUCUCCAAGAAGGGAGUCAAGUCCAUGAGCCUUAAGAGGUCGACCAUCACAGAUGCGGGGUUGGAGGUGAUGCUGGAGCAGAUGCAGGGCGUGGUGCGGCUGGAGCUGUCGGGCUGCAACGACUUCACGGAGGCGGGGCUGUGGUCCAGCCUAAACGCCCGGAUCACGGCCCUGAGCGUCAGCGACUGCAUCAACGUGGCCGACGACGCCAUCGCCGCCAUCUCGCAGCUCCUGCCCAACCUCACCGAGCUCAACCUGCAGGCCUACCACGUGACGGACACGGCGCUCGCCUACUUCACCGCCAAGCAGGGCUACACCACCCACACCCUGCGCCUCAACUCCUGCUGGGAGAUCACCAACCAUGGUGUGGUCAACAUGGUGCACAGCCUGCCCAACCUGAGCGUCCUCAGCCUCUCGGGCUGCUCCAAGGUGACGGAUGACGGGGUGGAGCUGGUGGCCGAGAACCUGCGGAAGCUGCGCAGCCUCGACCUCUCCUGGUGCCCUCGUAUCACCGACAUGGCCCUGGAGUACAUCGCCUGCGACCUGCACAAGCUGGAGGAGCUGGUGCUCGACAGGUGCGUGCGGAUCACCGACACCGGCCUCAGCUACCUGUCCACCAUGUCGUCCCUGCGGAGCCUCUACCUGCGCUGGUGCUGCCAGGUGCAGGAUUUUGGCCUGAAGCAUCUCCUGGGCAUGAGCAGCCUGCGUCUCCUCUCGCUGGCUGGCUGUCCCUUGCUGACCACCACGGGGUUGUCGGGGCUGGUGCAGCUGCAGGAGCUGGAGGAGCUGGAACUCACCAACUGUCCCGGGGCCACCCCGGAGCUCUUCAAAUACUUCUCGCAGCACCUCCCGUGCUGCAUGCCAGACAAAGCCGCGGGUGGAGCCUCCAGGGCCCGGCAGGAGCUGCGGGAGCCCCGCCUGGCCCUGCCCAGCUCUGGCUGA